AUGGAAAGUGAAAAAGCCAAAGCUUCCUCAAGCAAACAAAAGUUUAAGAUGAUCAAGGGUUUGAUUAGUGAUCACCACGGCGAAAGGGGGUUUGGAGGCGAUGGAAAUUAUAAUGUGAAGAAGAAAAAAGCAGGGGGUUGUGGGCCGUCGUCAUCGUCAAGUACUGUGGCGAGAUGUUGCCAAGCUGAGAAGUGUAUGGCUGAUCUGAAUGAGGCGAAGCAGUAUCAUCGUAGGCAUAGAGUGUGUGAGCUCCAUGCAAAGGCUCAAGCUGUGAUGGUUGCCGGAACCCGUCAAAGGUUUUGUCAACAAUGUAGCCGGUUUCAUGAGCUUUCGGAAUUUGAUGAUACCAAGAGAAGCUGUAGGAGGCGUCUUGCCGGACACAACGAGAGACGUAGGAAGACUUCAAUUGAGUGUAAAGGGGGCACCGGGAAAGAGCUUGCAUGCGGGGAAGUUGAUGAUCAUUAG